AGCCAGCGCCAGCCACGGCGCCUGCGCGGUGGGCGUGAUCCGGGCACUUAGGGCAGGAUGAACGCUGCUUUCCAAGAUGGCGACGGAGGGAGGAGGGAAGGAGAUGAACGAGAUUAAGACCCAAUUCACCACCCGGGAAGGUCUGUACAAGCUGCUACCGCACUCGGAGUACAGCCGGCCCAACCGGGUGCCCUUCAACUCGCAGGGAUCCAACCCUGUCCGCGUCUCCUUCGUAAACCUCAACGACCAGUCUGGCAACGGAGACCGCCUCUGCUUCAAUGUGGGCCGGGAGCUCUACUUCUAUAUCUACAAGGGGGUCCGCAAGGCUGCUGACUUGAGUAAACCAAUAGAUAAAAGGAUAUACAAAGGAACACAGCCUACUUGUCAUGACUUCAACCACCUCACAGCCACAGCAGAAAGUGUCUCUCUCCUAGUGGGCUUUUCCGCAGGCCAAGUCCAGCUUAUAGACCCAAUCAAAAAAGAAACUAGCAAACUAUUUAAUGAGGAAAACUCUUGUCAGCACUUGUGGAAGGUGGAUUGGAGUGAAGGAAGAGAGAAUGAAGGUAGCAAGACCAGUGAGAAGGCUCUAGUAACUAUCCAGAGACUAAUAGACAAGUCACGCGUAAGCUGUGUCAAAUGGGUGCCCGGCUCGGAAAGCCUUUUCCUAGUAGCCCAUUCGAGUGGGAACAUGUACUUGUAUAAUGUGGAGCACACUUGUGGCACCACAGCCCCCCACUACCAGCUUCUGAAGCAGGGAGAGAGCUUUGCCGUGCACACUUGCAAGAGCAAAUCCACGAGGAACCCUCUCCUUAAGUGGACGGUGGGCGAGGGGGCCCUCAACGAGUUUGCUUUCUCCCCAGAUGGCAAGUUCUUAGCGUGCGUGAGCCAGGACGGGUUUCUGCGCGUGUUCAACUUCGACGCGGUGGAGCUGCACGGCACGAUGAAAAGCUACUUUGGGGGCUUGCUGUGUGUGUGCUGGAGCCCGGACGGCAAGUACAUCGUGACGGGCGGCGAGGACGACCUGGUGACGGUCUGGUCCUUUGUGGACUGCCGGGUCAUAGCGAGAGGCCACGGGCACAAGUCGUGGGUCAGCGUGGUGGCAUUCGACCCCUACACCACGAGCGUGGAGGAGAGCGACCCGCUGGAGUUCAGCGGCAGCGACGAGGACUUCCAGGACCUUCUGCACUUUGGCAGAGACCGAGCCAACAGCACACAGUCCAGGCUGUCCAAGCGGAACUCGACCGACAGCCGCCCCGUGAGCGUCACGUAUCGGUUCGGCUCGGUGGGCCAGGACACACAGCUGUGCUUGUGGGACCUCACGGAAGACAUUCUUUUCCCCCACCAACCCCUGUCGAGGGCCAGGACACACACCAAUGUCAUGAACGCCACCAGCCCUCCCGCCGGGAGCAAUGGCAACAGUGUCACCACGCCCGGGAGCUCGGUGCCCCCUCCGCUGCCGCGGUCCAACAGCCUCCCGCACUCGGCCGUGUCCAGCGCGGGCAGCAAGAGCAGCGUCCCCGACGGGGCCCUCGCCGCCGGCGUCAGCAAGUUCGCAACCCUCUCGCUGCACGACCGGAAGGAGAGGCACCACGAGAAAGACCACAAGCGGAACCACAGCAUGGGACACAUUUCUAGCAAGAGCAGUGACAAACUGAACCUAGUUACGAAAGCCAGAACGGACCCCGCUAAAACUCUGGGGACGCCCCUGUGUCCUCGGAUGGAAGACGUCCCCCUGUUAGAGCCGCUGAUCUGUAAAAAGAUCGCGCACGAAAGACUGACUGUAUUAAUUUUUCUUGAAGACUGUAUAGUCACUGCUUGUCAGGAGGGAUUUAUUUGCACAUGGGGAAGGCCUGGGAAAGUGGGCUUAUUGUCAUCCCCAAACCAGGCCAGUUCUCCAGGUGGAACGGUAGUGUAGCGACCCAUUGCUGCACCAGACUCCCCGAUGCCAGCGGACCAGAGGGUGAGGAAGACCGUGUCAGAGCCCUGACCGCACCGGAGCAGGUGGGCCGGCCGGCCGAGAGACACCGGAGGCCCUGUGGCCUGGCGGGCAGUGCGCCGCGCCGCGCCCCGCGCCCUGCAGCUCGCCCGAGGCUGUCCCGUUUGCAAGUCAGUCUCUUGGGGCCCUCCUGCUUCUCGCUCUGCGACUCAGCGUAGCCAAGGCGCAUCAGACACAACAUAUGCAGAUGCCGCACAGUGUAAGUACAUUUCUUGGACAAGAAAUCUCCUUGGACUGUUAGAAACACUUCUCUCUGGUGUUGCACUGAUUGUUUUAUACCGUCGGUGUUCAGAGGACAGCUGGCGCACUCGCAAAGCGCUGCUACCUCUGACUUAGCGCGUAAUCCGGGAAGACAUGCUGCAGUCCUAGACUUCAAAUACUGUUUGCACUUAAAAUAGUUCCACGCUGACAGCCAGUGACUGUGCGCAGUGGAUUCCUGCCCACCGAGGUGUGAAGACGCCUUUUACCUGUUAACCUAUUUUAAUACUAUUGUUUCCAAUGCAAUCAACUGUAUUUUAUGUGUAAAUAAUGUAAUUCUCCAACUGGAGGAACAAGCUCCCUCACUAGUAAUUUUCAUCACUUAAGAGUGAUCUUUCUAAUUCACAAAAGCGUUAAUAUUAAAAUUAUGUUGCAAAUAU